UUCGUCCGUCAGUCGGCAUGACAACGCGCUCUCGAGGGCAAACGGGGAACGGCUGACGAGCGCGAGGAUGGCAGCAGAAGAUGCCCAGUAACGGGAACAGCGGCGGGAACCGAGCGAGCGACAGGACCGGGACCUGCACCGGGACCGGCAGCGGGAGUGGCCCGGUCCAUGUCCCUGGCCCGGCCAUGGAGCGCGCCCGACCGGUGACGGUGACGGUGUCCGCGGUCAGCCUGGUGCUCAGCGUCCUGUCACUGCUGCUGCUGGUCACCGCCAUCUCCUCCGACCACUGGUACGAGACCGACACCCGCAGGCACAAGGACAAUUGCGACCGAACCGGAUCCGACUCCAACGACCAGAAGAACCGGGAGAUGCCCAUCUACCACCUGCCGCUGGUGGAUACCAGCAGCGGCAGCGCUCGGCAGCGGGACGUGGCGCUGAUGAAGCCCGUGCAUGUGGGCAGCAGAGAGGAGGAGCUGCUGGAGAACUGGAGGGCCAUCCUGGGCAUGGGCAUCCUGGAGACCGAGUGCGGAAGGCCGCUGUUCUCCACGCACUCCGGCCUCUGGAGGAAGUGCUACUUCAAGGGCCUGGACCCGGACAUCGACAAGCUCAUCGACCGGGGUAUCGCAGAUCGCUGCACUGCUGUGAAGUACCAUUUCUCUCAGCCAAUUAGACUGCGGAACAUCCCUCUGAACCUGACGAGGACAAUCCAACAGGACGAAUGGCAUCUGCUGCACCUGCGUCGGAUCACGGCAGGUUUCCUCGGGAUGGCAGCGGCUGUCCUCCUGUGUGGCAGCAUCGUAGUUUCAGUCGGUUUCUUCUGGGAGGAAAGUCUGACGCAGCACGUGUCCGGACUGCUGUUCCUCAUGGCAGGGAUCUUCUGCACCAUCUCCCUCUGUACAUACGCUGCCAGUGUGACCUACGACCUCUCCAGGAACCCUCCAUUCAUCUACGGUCUUCCGUCUGACGUCGAUCACGGCUACGGCUGGUCCAUCUGCUGUGCCUGGGUCAGUCUGGGUCUCACCGUGGCAUCUGGCUGCCUCGGGACCACCUUCCCCUUCCUGAGCCGGGCCGGAGCUCUGAGGUCAAAAACGGCCCGUGAGUCGUCCGUCUGAGCUGCCGCAGCCAAUUGCAGGCCAAGCAGUGGAAGGGAGCGGGGCUUCACAACCUGCCAGGUGUCACUCACCUGUCUAGAGACGUUUGUGCAGGAGGAUGGCGCCCCCUGCUGAGGGAGACAUGGACUUAGAUGUAAACACACACUUUAAAGAAAAACGAAGAAACAAACAUGUAUUUAUGUUUCAGACUCUGAAGACACAAAGAGACCGACAACCACAACAUAGACACAUAAACACAGACGCACACAUAAACAAACCGUGAGAUCCACACCUGCACCGACUGCUAACAUUAGCGUUGAAUCAUGAAUGUUAAUGUCAGCAUUGAAACUUGAUGUAAUGUAGAAUCCAAAUGCAAUCACUAACGUUGGCAUUGAGACAAAACUGGUAACGUUAGCAUUGAAACACUUCGACCAACAAACCCUCAAUGAUUAAAUUAGCAUCAACACGCAUCUCUUUAGCUGGAUGUUUCAGAUUUUCAGGUAAACUUAGCUUCGUGUUUUUUCACUGACUCAACUGUUGUGGUUUUCAGUAACUUAAUGUUCAUGUAUGUCCAACAUUAGAGUGUGUUCAGACACUUCACCAGGUAAGAAGACACAAUUCAUUUACCCCUGGUAUUGAACAGUAACAGUGGUAGAAGAGGGUGAAUGCUGACAUUUGAUGUCUUAUAACAGUAUUUAAUGUUUUUCAGAUGUGGUGUUUUCCCUUGAGAUUUGGUCCAACAUUCCCUGGACUUUCCUUGUCCAUUGUCUCUUCAGUUAUUUAUCAUUACAGUGUUGCGACAACAAUUUGUGUGAUUCUGUGUUCGUACAACGUGAAUACAGCAGGACAACGGUUUCCUGUUGAUGUCAGACAUAAAUGGACGACAUGUCGAUAUGGUCCCUGGCUGGACGAGGCUGACACAGGUUGCAAAAUCUUGCAAAAAUGAUCCAGAUGUUAUUUUCUCAUGAGUAACACGAGGUGAGAAGUGCUUCAGGUUUGAUCUGAGCACAACUUCAAUUUGGACCAUCGAGAUCUUUAAACUAAUCCAGAGUCUAAGAAUAGGUUCUGUCAGAUUAAAUGUUAAAGGGGUCAUAUUUUGCUAAACCCACUUUUAUUAGUCUUUGGUAGAUUUAUUUGUGUAUUUGGACCCUAAUAGUUCAUAAAGUUUGAAU